UUACAUUGUCCGGCAAGGUUCAGGUUUCUGUCCAACUUAGUCAUUUGUGUACAGAGCUACAACUACUAUUGAAGAUAUUAUUUGUUAAGCUUUCUGGUUUCCCUUUAACUUGUAUCAUUUAAUCUGGUUGCUUUUUUUUUUUUUUUUUCUUUUUGAGAACUUGGGUUGUAGAGAAUUCAUGAUGAAGAGCCUUUUUUUGUCUUUCUUACUAGGCUCUAUUCUGUUUAUGAACAACUUUUCAGAAGUGCAAGGAAGAAAAUGGAAAGGUGAAGGUACAACACAAAACCUGGAAAGCAUAACCAUUGGAAGGUGUUACGACUAUAUUAGAGUUGUGAAUCCUUCUGUUGGUGAGAAGAACUGUUCGGAGUUAUGGGAAGCCUUUAGAAAUGCUUUUAUUAACAAGGAUCCUUGCAACAUUCUGCCUCAAGACUUUGAAUUAUUUUUCAAACUGUCAUUGCACGCAAUUCCUGCUGGCAAGUCUCUCUUCUGGGAAAAUAACCAGCUGCUAGUCAACAGCUUUUCUAGCAGAGCUCGUCGCUACAUGACUCUUGGUGAUACUCUGUUUGGCUUCUUUGGAGAUUUUCUAAACUGGUGUGGGCAGGAGAACAGCACUGGACUGGACUAUGAAUCCUGCCCUACUGCAGCAGAAUGUGAAAACAAUGCAGUGGAUGCUUUCUGGAGGAUGGCUUCGAUGACUUAUGCACAACACAGUUCUGGGGUGAUACAAGUCUUGUUGAAUGGCUCUGCAGAAGGAGGAGCUUAUCCAGUCAAAGGUUUUUUUGCAGAUUAUGAAAUACCUUAUCUCCAGAAAGACAAGAUCUCACAAAUAGUCAUCUGGGUUGUGGAUGAUAUUGAAGGACCAAAUACAGAUUCCUGUGGAUACAAUACUGUACGGUUACUAGAAGACAGGCUGAAAGACCUUGGUUACAAUGUCACCUGCACUGACAAUUACAAGCCUGUAAUGUUCUUACUCUGCUUGGAUAAUCCUGAUCAUUCCAAGUGUACCCUUUCAUCAUCUGCACCAGCAGCACAAAGAGGACCUAUAUCUUCAGACAGAGGAGGCAGCUGGAACAAGCUCAUGUUUGUUUCUUUUGUAGGCUUUUUGUUUAGAUCUGCUUUAGUGUACUAAGUGAAUAGACUGAAUCCAAAUCCUCUCUUGACUUGGCUGGCUUUAAUUAAUCUCUAACCACAAUUUCACCCAAGUUCUGGCACUGGCAAACAUGCAUGUUAAAACUCUGCAUACUUCUAUCCAGAUUUCAACUACUAAUAGUACAAAAAAAUUCUAUUGCUGCUAGAAAGCCUCACCCGUCUUUUCCUUUUCUUAUACAGAAGAACUCCCUUGCUAUUUCCUGUUAUCCAAAAUGUCUAGAAUGAAACUGAAAAUAAUGCUUUCUCUCUAUUCAUGUAUUUCAGAAAAGCAAAACAAUUCCCAUGAUACAUCUCCCAAACAACUGAAACACUCCUAGUAUUUUGGCCUUGUAAACUAAGGGCUGGAUGGUCGUGUUUUGAGGAGAAAAAAAAGGAGGCAAGAAAUAGGAUUUCAAAUGGGAGAACUCAAGAUGACUUACCUGAUAGAAAACAUAAUAGGUGAGAUAGUGGGAAAAAUUAAACUCAUUUUCAUUAGUAGUAUUUGAGCCAAACUUAAUUGAAACUACUAUAUGGAUGUAAUAGUUACAGGACAUGCAAAGCACACAUUCUUACAUGCAGUAUUUUACUCUCAACUGCUUUGUCAUUCAACAGCUGUUCCUCAGCUGGCUGUUUCAUGGCCACAGCAUUACCAGCAAUAUGGUCAGCAUCACCAGGUCUAGAAGGCUCCUCAGGUCAUCUGCCAUGAUGUGAGGGGAGUAGAUUGAUGGCAUUUCAGAUUCAGACAAGGAUCUACCUGCCUGUGUUCAGUGGACUCACUUAGCAUGUAUCACAACAUACUGAGAAGAAAGUAGCUGCCAUCUUGAAGUACUCUUGAGAUGUCUCUUUGAGUUAUCUAAGUAUUCCAAACUGAUCUUCAUCUGAGCAUCCAAGCCAAUACAAGAUGACACAUAAAUCUUCAUGGGGAGAAAUAUAUGUAUAUAUAUACAUAUAUAUAUAUUCUAGAAAAUAAUUCAAAUUUUGUUGUACAUUCUCUGUUUCUUUCUGUGUUAUUUGUGUCUGUAUUAGUUGAUUGCCAGGAAACUGGGAAAGAACGUUCCUGUUAUCUCAGUGCUUGUGAUUUAGGACUUCCAUGGUAGCUUGCAUCCUUUCGGUCUCUAGUACAACUGUAUCAGCUUGUAUGUUUCAAGUCUGAAAAACAUAAUUGCAGCUUAUUUGUCUGGUUUCCGUUCCCACAAUAAUCUUUAAAUUGAUUCUACUGUGAAUCCUUUUAUAUAUAACUCCAUACGGAGUUGCAUUUGCUUGUGACAGGGUUGGAUUAGGGCUCAGGCUCCAAGGAUUUAUGUGUAUUUCAGAUGCUUGAAAAAGCACUGACAUCAGGCUAUAAUGUGUGUGAGAGACUUGUGGAAACUUACUCAAGACCUCUUCUGGUCUCCUAUUUUCCUAACCAGUGACACAAAUACUAUAGUGAUUCAAAGAGUAGCUAAAUACCAUUAACAAGGAAUAUGCCUCACAGGCAACUGCCAUCCACAAGCUGACCAUCCCAGCUGGCCAACUUUUACUCUCAACCUUUGGAAGCCUAUCAGCCUCUGGAUGCUUCCUAUUUAAGCACUGGAGUCAAGACUGGCAGUUAUGAAUGAUACCAAACACACCGUAGGAAGUGAUAAAUAAUUCUGUUUUGAAAAACCCACAAAAUACGUGGCAGGAUAGAUAUGAUUCCAUUAACGUGAGGUUAUUUACUAAAUAACUUUAUGUCAAGACCAACAUACUCAGAAACCUCUUGUGCUGUUUUCUCACUUUUAAUAUUCUUGCAUUCUUUCCCAUUACACCAGCUCAGCAGCAAAGACAGCAGUUACUUUUUUUCCAAUACCUUUUGAAUGAAGUGCCUCAAACUUGCUGGAAAAGCUUGGGAAUAUCUGUAGAGCGAAUAUAGCUGGGAAAAGAAGACAAAGUUUUAGAUGGGCCUUCUCAGACCUUAAACACAGAAAAUUUCAAGCUGAGUAGGAUCUCUUCUUCUGAGUUACAUGUAAUUGUUUUAAUUAACGUGAAAGAACAGUGUAGCCAGCAUCUCUGAAGCAGCGGGGCAGAAGUGUUAGCAAAUCCAGAAACAAUGAGGUCAUUUGUUACUCCCCGGGGGAGGGAGAGAUGUUAGCAAAAAGUUGCAGGCAGGAAAAUCCCUUACCUCUCUUCUAUUUCUGCAACUACACAGUAGGUGCAUAGUGCUUAACACUUGGUAAAUGCUUUGACUAAUAAUGCCUCAUAUAAAAGCUGUGGCACAUUCUGAGAAAUCAUAAUGUCUGAAUGCCUGCAGAUGUUCAACAGGGGGGUUCAAACACAGAUUCAAAAUGUUCGGUCAUCCAUACUUUGUACUGGCAUUGCUUGAGAUGCAGCUGUCUGAAACUGCAUUUCAAGGAGGAAAAUGUUUUAAGGGGUCAAUAUUUCAUAUGAAGACAUCUCAUCUGUUGCUUCAUUUUGAAUCUAGUUUGAUGCCACUAUUUGGAACAGAUCUGUUAAUACUCAACUACUCACAGCAAAUGACAGUAUCACAUACCGUGGCAUCACAGGGUGCUUUGCAUUUAUGCAAGACAAACCUGUGGAAGCUACUGAUUCUGAUUCAGUAUUUCCUAUCAUUGCCCAUUUUUUGGACCACUUGAAGACUCAACUGUGUCUCAUUCUUCAUUACUGUAAGGAAAUAAACAUCCUUUCUGUUCACCUAUUUUGUUUCUGCUGCAUGUCUUCGCAUUGUUGUAUCUGACAAAAACAGAACUGUAAUUCAGAAUAAUUCAUUUUAUUGGCAUGUUUAUGCAUGAACACAAUUACAUCUGCUCAUGUCUGCUCUACCUGUUCUUAAAUGCAAACUGUUGAGUGCUUUGGAGUACAAAUUAACACAAAUAAAUCAAGGACAAGUUGUUUACCUCUCUG